AUAUUAUAUUACGUGGUGGCUUUCAGGUGGUGUGGACUUUGAACAGAGGCGGAGGGACAGGUGACUCAGGGUACACUCAACUCUCUCUCCUUCCAGAAGAAGAAUAACUAAGGAGCUGCAGAAAUGGCUAAGUUCUUCACUCCAGUUCAAAUCAACGAAUUCAAGGAAUGCUUCUCCUUGUACGACAAGAAGCAAAAGGGCAAGAUCGACGCCAAGGACCUCGUCACAGUUAUGCGCUGCCUGGGUACAAGUCCCACGUUCGGGGAAAUCGAAAGGCAUCUGCAAGUUCACAAAAUUGAAAAGACCGGCGAGCUGGAUUUCUCCUCCUUCCUGACGAUGAUGCACCGACAGAUGCAGCAGGAGGAUCCCAAGACGGAAAUCCUGGAGGCCCUGCGGAUGACGGACAAGCAGAAGCGAGGAUACAUCCAGGCGUCCGAGCUCCGGGCCAAGCUCACCAAGUUGGGAGAGAAACUCACGGACAAAGAAGUGGACGAUCUCUUCAAAGAGGCCAACGUCGAGUCAAACGGGACGGUGAAUCACGAGGAGUUCACCAAGAUGGUGACGCUGCCACCAGUCGAUUACUGAUCUGUUGAAAGAAAGAAAAAGAGUCAUGGUGAGAAAGUGACGUCGCACACGGACUGAGGGAGCGAAACACAUGCUGGAUUCAACCUGACGUGUUCGCAGCAGCAGUUCGGCACUGGCACACACAUCUGAGCCCAACAACAGCCUUCACUGUGUUUUUUUGCCUUGUGAUUUGUUUAAUUCAAUGCAGGAACUCUUUCCUGCAACUGUUUUCCCGUCGGUUCCCGUCGUACUGCAUCGUGACCAACGAGGUAUGAUGUGAUCAAGCCGUUUUUUUCUUUCAUGGGGUCACGUGUUUUAAAACCAUUAAAUAAACCUUAUGUGAAGCACGACGGUCCACUUUAACAAAUUGUGUUUGAAUUAAAUGGCCAGUUCGAUGCUUUGUGUAUGUGCCUGUGCGUCGUUUUUUCUACGUGUGGUACCGGCAACUGUCCACGCAUCGGUAUUCAGUUGCUUUCUUGUCAUAAGCUUGUGUGGAUAAACAGUGGAUUUUUCAAUAUUUACAAAAAAAUAUUUUUACUUUUUUGAAACUGUAAUAAAAUUGAAGCCCAUCAGUC